UAUCAUUUUAUAUUAGAAAGCUGUGAAGACGUUUAUCAAGUGCAGGAGAUACGCUCUGAUCUUGUUGAUCCUGAUGCUUUGGAAGAAAUAAAACAAGGGACUUGGUCGUGCAAAGAGCUACGGAAACUGGUUUUAAAUAUGGUUCUCCCAAGAACAGCUGACAUCGACAAGAAAGGAAAACGGAAGUGGAAAGUGGCUAGAGUGAGAGACUUUUGGCUUAAAGCAGAGAAACCGUUGUUUUGGCCUCCUCACAUCCCAUUUGUUUCGCCAUCUGCCAGGAUUAAUCAACCUUCAGAGGAUGAUUACGAUGAAGAAGAAUUUGAUGAUAAAACAGAACGCUCGAGAAAAAUUUUAAAUAAGAAAGAACUGAUAGAGAUCGCUCUAUCGUAUGGAGAAUACGUUCAUGAAUUUACUGGAAAUGAAAAAAAUGAAGAGACAACACAAUCAUUUGGUCAAGGAAGACAAGAGAAAACUAAUCGAGAUGCGAAUGUUGGAAAAGAUACGUAUACAAGCGAAGAAGAUAAAAGAAGUGAUGAGAGCGAGAAAAGAGAAGAUUUCGAAAACAAAUUUGAUAACGAAGCUGCAUUAAAUAACAUAAAAGAGGAUGAAAGGGUAAAUGAACGUCCAGGAAAUUACAAAAAACAGCGUACCAAAAAUGAACGUUUUUUUCUAUACCCAUCAGGAAGAGGAUACACAAUUAGUGAAUUUACAACAGAUGAGAGACAUGUACGAAAAAAGAGAAAUAGCUUGUAUUGUUCGCGCAAUGUUAAAAGACCCCCUAAAAUAUGUUGAAACAGCCUACGAAUUGUUGGACUUAGCUGAUACACAUCAACAUCCUAUUACGAAAAAUUUAAAGUAUGAAAUGCUAAUGUUUAUUGACUGAUUGAACGGUUCUAAUCUAAAUGACAAUUUGUUGAU